UUGAAAGUCACAUUUCCCAAGGAUUUAAACAAUUACAUAAAGAUGUAGGCCUACUCUACAAUCAUAUGCUUACGUUUUUAUAUGCAAAGGCAUUAUCUUUGUCAUAUGCUGAUCCUCCUUUUACGUAUUUUAUUCUUUUCAUAAAAAGAGGGCGUAUGUUAUGCUACAAGUGUUUUGGCACUUGCAUUAAAACGUCGUCUAACUUCUAGAGAAAUGCAACGUGCAAAAUCACUACAUCUUUAGCGUCCUGCCCACGAGAAGCUCCAGCCAAUCAAACGAGCCCUCUUGUAUUGGCGAUGCAACCCGAUGACAUAAAUAGCGUCGACAAGAGUGGAAAGGUAUGAUUCUUAUUCCUAACGGAGAACAAAAAUCAUAAACUGACGACAUGGUUGUGUGGACCGACCAGGAGCGUGCCUGCAUCCAGGACAUUUUCAGCAAGCUGAAUUACGAGGUCGCUGGCCCCAAAGCUUUGCAUUUGUAUGGUUAUGGUUUUUGUAUAUUAUUUGUGUAUCCCUGGACUCAGCGGUACUUUGCAAGUUUUGGAAACCUGUACAAUGCAGAGGCCAUCAUGUCCAAUCCAAAGGUGGCAGCCCACGGAGUUGUUGUGCUCCACGGGCUUGACAGAGCCAUGAAGAACAUGGAUGAUAUCAAGAACACCUAUGCUGAACUGAGCGUGCUGCACUCCGAGAAACUCCACGUGGAUCCUGACAACUUCAGGCUGUUGGCCGACUGCCUGACCAUCGUGAUUGCGGCGAAUAUGGGUACCUCUUUCACAGCUGAUGUGCAGGCUGCCUGGCAGAAGUUCCUCGCUGUUGUCGUAUCUGCUCUGCGCAGACAAUAUCAUUAAAACCUUUAACAUGGGGGAAAGCAUUGCUUGUUCUCUAACACAAUAAAGAGGA